AUGAACAAAAAACAGAUUCAAGAAAAAUCGAAAGAAUUAAAGGAAAAAACAAUUCAAAAGUCAAAUGAUCUUAAACAAAACAUAAAGAAGAUCAUUCCGCCUGAGAUUCACGAGAAUAUAUACACAAUACCCAAUAUGUUAACUCUUACUAGACUAUUGAGUGCGCCGGUAGUCGGGUAUAUGAUUUUACACGGUCAGGUAGCAAUAGCCUUGGCACUCUUCACAUACUCGUGUAUAACUGAUUUUCUUGACGGGUUUAUUGCACGCCAUUGGAACCUAAGAUCGGUUGUAGGAAGUAUUAUAGAUCCCCUUGCGGAUAAAAUGCUAAUGAUGAUAUGCACAGUCUGUUUGGCACUUACUUCUGAGAUUCCACUGUAUUUAGGCAUGCUGAUCAUUGGUAGAGAUGUUGGUUUAGGGCUGUCCGCAGUCGUUAUUAGAUACCUAUCAUUACCACCACCGAAAACUUUUUGGAGAUAUUGGGAUUUCAGCAUUCCUUCUGUGGAGGUCCAUCCAACCAUGAUUAGUAAAGUCAAUACAGCAUUGCAAAUGCUUUACUUGGGUUCGAUGAUGAUUAAACCGGUAUUUCUGAUGUAUUUAUCAGAAAGAUUUGGCCCAGAGACUACUACCAUGUUUUUAACGUAUAUCCAAUAUCUGGAAUGGACCGUUGCUACUACCACACUAUGGAGUGGAUUGAGCUACUUGUUCAGUAGAAAUGCUGUAAAGUUUCUCAAACAAUGA